UCUAAUAAAUCUACACGACUGAACAGUUAACAUACAGGCAGGGCGCCAAGCAAGAGCAAUCCAGCAUCCAUCCAUCCAUCAAUGUUCUCUCAACCACAACUGCUUCCUUCUCGUUCCCUCCACAACUCACCUCAUUCCAAAGGUCAACCCUUUGGAAUCGCAUUUGAUAUUGAUGGAGUUAUUCUUCGCGGCGGCACACCCAUUGGAGGCUCUCGUCAAGCUCUCCAAAGAUUGUACCAGAAUGGUUCUAUGAAGGUCCCUUUUCUGUUCUUGACCAAUGGAGGUGGUGUGCCAGAAUCACAACGAGCAUUAGAGUUGAGUGAACUUUUAGGCGUGAAUAUUAUGCCUUCUCAGCUACUUGCUGAUGUGACCUUUGCUAGUUUCCUUUUGUUUUUACGAUCACAGAUUGUACAAGGUCACUCACUAUUUAGGAAUCUAUUGGGAAGGUAUCAGGAUGAACUCAUUGUCGCUACUGGAAAGGGGGAACCCGCUUUGGUAAUGAGUGAGUAUGGUUUCAAUAAAGUGCUCUCUAUAGAUGAAUACGUAUCAUACUUUAAGGACAUUGAUCCUGUAUCACAAUAUAAGAACUGGACGACUAUGUCCAGAAGUGAUCGGAGCAGCACCCUGACGAAGUUGGCUUCUGUCUGUGAUGUGUACACAGAGAAAGUGAAGGCAGCAUUUAUUGUGAGUGAUCCUGUUGACUGGGGCAGAGAUAUCCAGGUUCUUUGUGAUAUUUUGAGAACUGGAGACCCUUCUGGACAGGAGAAUGGAGUUCAACCAGCCUUAUAUUUUGCAGCUGAUGAUCUUGAAUAUCAGGCUGCAUUUCCAGAUAAACGUCUUGGUGUGGGGGCCUUUAAGAUUGCACUGGAAAGUAUAUUCAACAGAGUUCAUCAUACUCCACUUGAGUGUGUAAUUUAUGGAAAACCUGAGCCUAUUGCUUUCAAGAAUGCAGAAGCCACUUUAAACCAAAUUCAUUGCGAUAUGAAUCAUGAGUCUCUAGACAGUCACUUGAACAGAAAUCAAUCGAAGAAUUACUUCAGUGCUCUUUACAUGGUAGGUGAUAAUCCAUCAGUUGACAUAAAAGGUGCAAGACAGGCUGGAGAUCCUUGGAUAUCUGUUUUGACCCGAACAGGUAUGUUCCACGGUAAAGGAAAUCACCAAGAAUAUCCCGCAGAUCUGGUUGUGGAUACAGUGGAAGAUGCUGUUGAUUUCAUUUUAGAGAAAGAGUUCUCUUCAGGCCAAUCAGGGUGUUCAUCUGGUUAAUGUUAGCAUUACAAAGCUUUUAAGAAGCAUGUACUAGCAACAGACUCAGAGCAUACUACCAUUCUUUUUGAUUCAUAUAGAAAUUAUACCCAAUUUUAGAAUUGUAUCAUCUGUAGUUCUCUCUCUCUACAGCAAGGAUGUGAAAUUCUCCUAUCAAAUCUGUAGGAUUACAGGUGAUUUUAUACGUUUAAAUUUUUGUUAGACUAUUCAAUUUGAUAAAUUGGUUGUAUCUGAUAUUAUUGGUUUUAAAUUCAUUUUCACUGAACACAAGUUUCUCUUAUACAAUAAUACAAUAUGAAGU